AUGAUUUCACUUUUCGGCUGAGAAUGAUAAAAAUCAAUCCUAAACCAAAAUGUAAACCAGAAAAAUUACUACCGAAUAAUGUGCCAGAAAGGGACGUUGAACUGUGCCUCGAGGUUGAAAUGGACGAUGAGGUGAAAGAUAUCAUUACAUGUCCGGCAAAAUAUGGAUCCACUUUGUUAGAUGUUACUGUUAUCAAACCCAAAGAUAUCGACAAAUUAUACUCCUCUCAUAAAAAGACCAUGAGUAGUGAUGAAGUCAGAAAGUUCAUAGCAUCCAUGAAUUUGGAAGGUACCGGCGAUGAUAAAAAAAGCCAAGACACCCCGAAAAUACAUUUAGCACCAGCGAAAGAUCAAAAGGAAUCAUUAAAAUCAUCAGGUGAUCAUGCGAAACUCACGAGUAUCAUCGAAAAUCAAAAAUUCGGCAAGUUUGGAGACGUUUUGUUAGAUAGUUUAAAGAAAAUGUAUACAACAGAUGAAACCAGUUCAGAUCAUUAUUCGAAUGAACGAGAUACCGACAAAGUGAAGCAAAUUUAUACAACUCCCAAGACAUUUCUUGACUUGAAUAAGAUGUUUGAAUGCAAACGUAAGAAAAAAAGGGAACAGAACGAAAAGUUGAAUACUCCAUGUCUCUGCCAAAACUGUGCUAUUGUCGGUGUUGUGACGGAUUCACAGAAGAAACCAUUUGCCACCGAAAUGAUGUACGAUCCGAGAGAAACGUGUCCCAGUGCAAAAAAAGAUGUCAGAGAGGAGUACAAGAAAAGAAAAUUUGUGAACUUCAAAGAUUCAGAAAAUCAUUAUCAAUGCCAGUACUAUUUCUCCCAUUUGAACGAGAAAAUUAGGAAUUUAGAAGCUAGAAUUGCGGUCCAGGAAGAAAAAUCAGUACCCAAAGAUUAUUUCAAGCGAAUUGUAACGAAGCUUGUAUCACAUAUAACCAAACUCACCACCGGAAGUCAGAUCAAGAUACCAAGUGAUUCUUCGCAAAAAAAGCACAGAGAUUCCAACAAACAUUCGGAUAAAUAUAAUAUCGGUUCGAAAUAUGUGAUGAAUCCAAUUCUGAUUGAUAAUAAAGGAGUACCGCCGGAGAAAGAAAAUUUUAGACCACAUAAAGAUAGUGCGAGCACUAGUCAAUCUGCUAAUGUCAACCAAAUCUUCUUGAAAUGGGGCGAAGAAAUUUUGAAACCUGGAAUUGACCUGAAAAAUAAAAUCAUCGUUCUCAUGGAAGACACUCUCAAUAAUUUGAAAAAAUCCAAGGAAAAAACUAGAGAAGAAGAAAUCAAACAUUUUGUUGAUGAAUUUUCCAGUAAUCUCUACAAAACCGUUCAUGAAUCACCUGAGAGAGACACAAAAAUCCAUAGUAGACAAGAAUGCAGGGAGGCGUCCCAGAAUACCGAGGAAAUUAAUGCGAAUCGAAAAAGAUUAACCAAAAUAUUUAAUAGGAAGGAGGAACCGGUCAGUGUCGAGUACAUCAAUUCUCAAAUUUUAAAGUGGCAAGAUACCCAAACAACUUUCAAAUUUGAAUCAUCUGAUGUGGACUCCAUGAAAGCAAUUGAUUUCAAAACUGAUUUAU